CCAAGUCUAGUAGACCGGAGGUGGGGGGGGGGGCCUCUGCUAAAUGAAGCCCUUCAGGACCAUGCAGGCAGCCAGCCUUCCAUACACCCCAGCCAAUGCCACCACCCUGUCAUUGGAGAAAGGCAGACCAGAUGGGAGUCUCACUCCGCCCUUCUCCCAUCCCCCACCCUCCUCUGCCUUGCACACAACAUAUAGCAUCGAGCACUUGGCCUGAGAAGUGUGCUGCCUGAGAUUUGGUCUCCGUGAGGAGAAUGCGGCCUCAAGGAACCAUCUUUGUGGCUCUUCCCCACCUGGGGCCCAUCCUGGUCUGGUUGCUCACCCGUCGAACGUCUGGUUGGUACGACAGCCCAAAGAAGCCACCCUGGUGCCCACCUCACAAGGUCUUGAUGGCAGGGUGGAUAACCAUCUACUUCGUCAUAGGCUAUGCCUCCUACCUGGUGUGGAAGGACCUGGGAGGGGGCUUUGGGAGGCCCCUGGUCCUGCCUCUCGGCCUCUAUGCUGUGCAGCUUGCCAUCAGCUGGACUGUCCUGAUUCUCUUUUUCGUAGCCCGCACCCAUGGUCUGGCCCUGCUGCACCUGCUGCUGCUCUAUGGGCUGGUGGUGAGCACAGCGUUGAUCUGGCAUCCCGUCAACAAGCUGGCUGCCGUGCUCCUGCUGCCUUACCUGGCCUGGCUCACCGUGACUGCUUCCAUCGCCUACCGCCUGUGGAGGGACAGCCUCUGUCCAAGCCAGCAGGCUCAGCCCAGUGGGGAGAAGAGCGACUGAGGCACCAGGGACAGGAGAGGAGGGAGGAUGGUCAGGGUAGGGGUAGAAGAGAAUGGCAAGGAGGGCUGUGGAGCUAUUCUGGAGAAAGGGAAGGUGGGGGGCCAGGGAGCGAUGAAUCCCUAGAGACGACUCGGCCCAGGUGGUCACCGUCCCAGGUCCCCUGGUGCCAAUUUUCAUUCCGAUUUCAGAAAUGGGAAGAAAGGGAAGAAACUUAUUUUACACUUAAUAUGAAUUAAUUAAUCCUGCACUAAUAAAUUAAUUUAGUGAUAUCAA